UCUUUCCACACUCCCAAAAGCCCCCAUCUCAAAAUCCCUCCAUUAUUUCCUUUCUCAAAUAAAAAACAUUCAUCCAACAAAACCUACUUUCUUUUAUCUCUUUUUCCCCACUAACUAAAAAGAACUCACACUUCUAUAUCCCUUUGCUUUUCUUUUCUUUUCUUUUCUUUCCUUUCCUUUUGUUUUUGGAUUGUUCUUAAAUCCAACAAAAUUAGGAAAAAAAGAAAAAUGAUCCAAGAACUAUUUGGUGUAUCAGGGCUUUUAGCUUCUGCUGGAGACACCAAAAUCUCCAUCAAUGGUUCAAUUCUAGAUUCUUCCCCUUCCACUUCCCUCCCUGCCUCCGCCACCGCCGCCGCCACUGCCACAACCACCACCGCCACCACCGCUACCGCCACGUCAACAACCUCCUCAAAUUCCGAAGGCCAAAACUUGAGGUGCCCCAGAUGUGAUUCUUCAAACACUAAAUUCUGUUACUACAACAACUACAACCUCACUCAACCUCGUCACUUCUGUAAGACAUGUCGCCGUUAUUGGACCAAAGGUGGGGCCCUCAGGAACGUUCCCAUCGGCGGUGGGUGUCGGAAGAACAAAAGCGCCGCCGCGACGGUGGCGGCUGCUGUAGGGAAGUCUACAGCUGGAAAAAUGAAAACUUUAUCGUCUGAGAUAUUGGGUCGGGUCGGAUUCGGAAAUGGGUCGGCGUUGGAUCACGAAAUAAUAUCAUCGCCCACGCAAAUUCUGUGGGGGUCGCCGCAAAAUUCUCACCUUUUGGCCGUUUUGAGAUCCGCCACCCAAAGCCCUAACCCUAAUAAUCUCGCCGCCUCCCACGUCAUCAAUAACGACCCACCGCAGACCACGCUGUUUCAUGCUAAGACGAUGGGUUUUGAUGAUCCGGCGCCGGCCACUCAUUUUUCUUCUCUGGGGCUUUGCAGCUCUUACUGGAGAAACAAUCAGACUCAAGUUCAUCAUCAACAAAAUGGGUAUCCUCACGGCGGCGUAGGUCAGCUCCACGGCGGCGCCGGUGGAAUUCAGGACCUCUAUCAGAAGCUUAAAUCGUCGUCGAACAAUUAUUUCACCGAUGGCCAUCAGGGAUCCGUGGGAGUAACGAAUGUGGUUACGACGGCUACGGCAGCGAUUUUGGAAGCGGCUCCGGUGGGCGGCGGCGAAACGACAGGUUACUGGAAUCCAGCUUUUUCUUGGUCUGAUGUUCAUGCUAGUGCUAAUGGAGCAUAUCCUUAAAAAAAAAAAAAAAAUGGAACUGUGUUUUAUUUUCCCUUAAUUUGGGCUUUUUUUUUUUCCAUAUUAGGAUUUAGUUUUGUUUGUGUUUAAGCUUGGGUUUUUGGUGUAUGAAAUGAAUGCUUCUUUAGCAUCAGUGUUUUUCUUUUUUCGGAAAAUUAA